AUGCCUCCGUGCUGAGCCUUAAGAAUUCUGUGCAUAAGGCAUUGACAUCAAGCGCGGGCGCAAUAUGAUCGUGCCUUGCGCGUGAAGCUCUCACACAAGAUGUCGCCCACAUAUUUUCCGUUAUACUGGACCGGUCAUACAUCUCAGGCCUCAGGUACCGGACCCAUUGCCAAGAAACGUUUGCAUACGCGCUCUCGACAUAAAAUGCUGGAUACCCUAUUGACACGACGCAGUCCUGCAAUGACCUCUGAAUCCGCGGUGAUGGAUGGACGUUGUAUCAGGACUAGCCCCAAGCCCGCGUUGGCGCACACUUCAGUCUGGAUCGAGUAUACAGUCGCUGCAGCGCUCGGUGGCGGCGCCAGUAUUAUGAAGACCGCACCGCUCUAUCAUCAUAGACUCUAUGUGCCACAGCGAGCAACCUCCUUUACACCCGCGGUCCAGGUUCAAGAUCCGUGCUGCCUGAGCUGUUGUGAAUCACUAAGUGAUCUGUGGUGCAGCGGGCGCGGUGAGGACCGAGUAAAUCACUCGGUUGGCUAUGUGUGGUUUGCUAACUGUAGGAGUGAAACGCCCUACUGUCAGUACAAGCACACCGUACGGCGGAGAAAACGGGUAACGAACCAUAGGACACCCAGAACGGUCUUGAAACGACUUCUAAUAAAGCCGAACUAUCCAAGCCGACGUGAGACACGUUCUCCGAGCGAUAUUUCUCAUGCCUUGAGGAACAGGACUCAUCUGCCUCGCAGGGUCUGUAAUUAGGUCUUGGCCCGACAGCGCGGUCUGGUGAACCGAUGCCCUAUUCAGUGCAGGGGU